AUGCUCGAAGUUCGUGAGAUCACAAUAGAAACAGCGCAAGAUGGGUUCAAGAAUGGUAAGUUUACCGCCAAGGAGCUCGCCAGCGCGUUUCUUGAGCGUAUCGCAAAGCUGGAUAAGGCCGGUCCUCGGAUUAAUUCGACGAUGGCCAUGUCUGUCACGGCACUGGAAGAGGCGGAAGCUCUCGAUUGUUAUUUUAAGGAGCAUGGAAAGCUAAUGGGAAGACUUCACGGAAUUCCAGUAUUGGUUAAGGACCAAGCGGAUACGAAAGGAAUGGUCACCACAUAUGGUUCUGCUGUUGCGAAGAACAAUAUCCCCGACGAGGACGCAUUUGUGGUCACUAAGUUAAAGGAAGCUGGUGCAGUGAUUCUAGGCAAGACUACGCUCGCAGAAUGGGCUACGGUUUGGUUUAGUGCGAACGGUGCGACAGAUUACGAGUUCACCAAGAACCCAUAUAAGCUCGAUUACGACGUUGGAGCAUCAUCCGGAGGCUCUGGUGCCGCUGUGGCUGCCAACUUCACUAUAUUAGCUGUGGGAGAAGAUACAGGCGGCUCUAUUAGGGUUCCAUCAUCCUUCUGCAAUAUCGUUGGUCUUCGUCCGACUCCUGGCCUUAUCUCGCGAACAGGCUUUUGCCCCCUGAUAAAAGUGCAGGAUACACCAGGGCCGAUGGCGCGAACUGUUACUGAUUGCGCGCUUAUGUUAGACUGCAUGGUUGGAUUCGACCCCAGAGAUGAAUUUACGGGUUUCGCAGCCACUGCGGCCGCCCUUGGCCUGCCAAAGGGCGGUAGUUACGCAGCGUUCCUUCAAGAUGGAGUAGGGAAGAUUAAGAAUGCGAAGAUAGGGAUUGUCAGACAAAAGUUUGGCCCAGACUCUGAUCCAUAUUGCAAAGCAGUCAACGGAGUGGUCCUGGCAGCAAUCGAUAAACUUCGGAGCAGAGGCACAACCUUUCUCGACGUAUAUAUCGAGAACCUGGAUCAUUACAUGACUUACCCGCUGACAUACCUCCAGAGGUCACGCAGCGAUAUCAACAGCUUCUUGGCGACGAAGCCACAUCUUCCACAGGACAUCGCGGAUAUUCUUCCAGAAAAGUCGGAUACCCCCUAUAUGAGUACGCUAUGCGCCGUAGCGCACGGUCCAGAGGAUCCCAGGAGUGAUCCGACUUACCUCGAUCGAAUUCUGUUACGGGACGAAUUCAAGCGUAAAGUGGACUGCCUCAUUGCAUCGCUCGGUCUUGAUGCGCUCACUUUGCCAGAUGUUAGAGUUCCCCCUCCGCGAUUCGAAGAUGCUGCGAACGGCAGAUUUAUGAAGAAUGGAGAGGAAGAUUUCCCAACCAAUACAUAUCUCGCCAGCGUAACACGUCAUCCAGCCAUCUCAGUGCCAGCCGGGUUCACAGAAGAUGGGCUUCCGGUUGGUAUGGAGUUGAUCGGUCUAGAAUAUCAGGAGCAAACCCUGCUCGAAUUGGCUUACGGGAUAGAAACGAUAAUAGGAGGGAGGAAAGGCCCACCAGCGCCGUUUUAACCAUCAUUGUCGGUGAAGGAGACUUGGUAACUAUAUGUAAGAAUACCUAAUGGUUUGGCUUAUAAAGCUACGGC